AAGCUUCAAUAGAUAGUGAUGAAUCCUAUGAAUCAGGUGUAGAAGAUUCAACAAAUAAUGUGUUAGAAGAUAUGUCUUCUAAAUUUAGAAGGUUUGAUGGCAAAUAUGGGCCAUAUUUUCCAAACUUUACAUCUCAAACAAAAGAACAGUUUAUAGAGAUUGAAGGUCAACAUUCUAAAACUAACAAGGACCGAUUAGAAGUUGAGACAGAAAUAUUAAACAAUUGGAAUAUAAAGCAAAAUUUAGCUGUAUCUAGGUUAUGUACUUGUUGGGCAAUUGAAGCCAAAGUAUUAAAACUUGCAUUCUCUCUUUCUAUGACAAAAAAUAGAUAUCAGGAAUUGCAAGAAUUACUUGAAAGUGAAUGUGAAACACUAUUACAAGAUGGCCCCUGA